AUAUCCACAAGAAUAUUACCUGAAUAUCCGAUAUUGAUUUGUCUCUGAUACUUUAAUCAAGAAACACACAUUAUUCGCAACAUGUCAUCCUCUUACAACGAAGCGACCACGGCCGAUGAGCUCGUGAGAGAUUUCGCAGCUGAAAUCAAAGGAAAGGUCAUUCUAACCACCGGAGUAUCGCCAAACAGCCUCGGGUCCACUUUCGUGGAAAGUCUUGCUGAAGCCGAGCCCGCCUUGUUGAUUUUAGCUGGUCGCAAGAUUGAGAAAGUCCAACAGACAGCCGAUGCUAUUUCUCUUGCCCACCCAAAAGUGAAGACUCGUAUUCUUCAACUCGACCUGGGUUCAUUUGAUGCCAUCCGGGAGGCCGCAGCAACUGUGAAUGGUUGGGAAGACGUCCCGUAUAUUGAUGUUCUUGUCAACAAUGCCGGCAUUAUGGCGGUGGAAUUUGCCUUAUCUCCGGACGGCUUCGAAUCCCAGUUCGCCACUAAUCACCUCGGCCAUUUCCUAUUCACAAACUUGAUUAUGAACAAGAUACUAGCUUCUAAAACCCCCCGAAUUGUCAGCGUCAGCAGCGAUGGUCAUCGUCUAAGUGCGAUCCGCUGGGGUGAUUACAACUGGAGAAACGGAGAGACGUAUAACAAGUGGUGUGCCUACGGUCAAUCGAAGACCGCUAAUAUGCUGAUGGCCAUCUCUAUCGCCGAAAAACUCGGGCCACGAGUACUUGCGUACAGCCUACAUCCCGGCGUUAUCUCAACUAAUCUUGGUUCGCAUAUCGAUUGGGCUACCGACUACGCAAAUUUGAGGAAAGCUGAUCAAGAGCUGGGAAAUAAGGAAGGUUGGUCUGCGUUCAAGCCCAAAUCCACCCAGGCAGGAGCUGCGACUCAUGUUUUCGCGGCAUUCAGUCCAAGUCUCAAAGAUUACAACGGCGCUUAUCUCCAGGAUUGCCAAGUUGCGGACCCCUGGGUUCAUACAGUGAAACCAUGGGCUACCAGUUCCAUUGAAGCCGAAAAGCUGUGGAAACUGAGCGAGAAGCUUGUAGGGCAGGAGUUUACCUAUGCGCCGUCUUGAAUGCUUUCUGAAGAACCAUUGAUACCCCUGGAUUAUUGUACAAUAGACUUUACUCCUCUCAUAAGGUCCACACGAAUUGAGGAUUUACGUUUAGACGACCUGGCUAGAAUUCUUUUCUUAAAUGAAUAAUAUGAA